AUGUAUUUUACAAUACUUCAAUUUCAUGACAACACAGGGUCACUGGCCAUCCACAAGGUAGAGAAAAUACUCCGCAACAAAAGGGUUCUUAAAGAUGUUGAGAAGCUGAGUCAUCACUAUCAAACGUCGUCAUUGGAGGCUUUUCACAGCCUGAUGUUGAGGUUCACGCCGAAAAACGUUGUGUUCCCUUUCAUGGGAAUGUUGUGCCGACAGUACCUGGCAGUAUUCCAUCAUAACGAGAACGCUAAUCGAAAACAAGCUACAACUUCUACUGGGAAGGCUGUCUACAGAGUAGUGUUUCCCAGGUCCAAAAGAGGUAAAAGCACUGCAAGGCCAGUAAAAACAGAUGCUACAUUCAAAUAUGUAGAAGACCUGCUGAGGCUCAUCUUUGAGGAGGUGGUUGUAGACCCCAGUCCCUUUGUUGAGGAGUUAAAAGCAAUCCCCAUUCCCAUGUCCAUUGCUUCUCAAUUUGAGAGACCAUCUAGGGAGGAAACAAUUGCCCGCCAUGUCUCCCGAUUUAGUCGAGAGGCGGUCGAAAGCCCACAUACUGGCCAGCCAGAUCAGGACACUCCAAGCGUAUCCGGGCUACAACACAUGAAGGAAUGACUACCAUCACAUGCCGACCUAAGUAGCCCCAACACCAGCUAACAAAGCUGCGAUAAGCCACAUGACGG